AGGCCGGGUAGCUGACUCUUGUUCACCUUUGUUUCCCUCUCGUAGCCUCCCCACCUAUGGGCCCUAAACAGUGACUGCUGCCUCUGCGGAGCUAGACAGUCACUAUCCCAACUCUAUGAUGUGCGUUCUUCCAUUAGAAGCUUUUCCAAUCCACUCAAGUAACCGCGCCCCACGGUAGAAGCGUUGCGCGUGCGUCGGAGGCGAGGGGAGCGCGCCACCCGCCGUCCCUACUGCGCAUGUGCGGUGAGAGGCUGCCCUGGCCGUGGAGGGAAACCUGGCCUCGCGCGGGGCAAUUAAAAAACGUGGAAUGGAAAGAAAGUGCUGUAGGCGUCCUGGGUCAUGCUCCUCGAAGAUGUAUACAUUCCUGCUGGGUGCUGUAUUCAUUGCUUUAAGUUCAAGUCGCAUCCUCCUGGUAAAAUAUUCUGCCAAUGAAGAGAAUAAGUAUGACUAUCUUCCAACUACUGUGAAUGUAUGCUCAGAACUCGUGAAGCUAGUUUUCUGUGUGCUUGUGUCAUUCUGUGUUAUAAAGAAAGAAAAUCAUCAAAGUAGACAUUUGAGAUGUGCUUCCUGGAAAGAAUUCUCUAAUUUCAUGAAGUGGUCCAUUCCUGCCUUUCUCUAUUUCCUGGAUAACUUGAUUGUCUUCUAUGUUCUAUCCUAUCUUCAGCCUGCCAUGGCUGUUAUCUUCUCAAAUUUUAGCAUAAUAACAACAGCUCUUCUGUUUAGGAUAGUGCUGAAGCGGCAUCUAAACUGGAUACAGUGGUCCUCCCUUCUAAUUUUAUUUUUGUCUAUUGUGGCCUUAACUACUGGGACUAAAACUUCACAGCAUAACCUGGCAGGUCAUGGAUUUCAUCAUGAUGCCUUCUUCAGCCCAUCUAACUCUUGCCUUCAUUUCCAAAAUGAAUGUUCCAGAAAAGACAAUUGCACAGCAAAAGAAUGGACUUUUCCUGAACCUAAAUGGAACACCACAGCCAGAGUUUUCAGUCACAUUCGUCUAGGAUUGGGCCAUGUUCUUAUUAUUGUACAGUGCUUUAUCUCUUCGAUGGCCAAUAUCUAUAAUGAGAAGAUACUGAAGGAAGGGAACCAGCUCACUGAAAGCAUCUUCAUACAGAACAGCAAACUCUAUUUCUUUGGUAUUGUUUUUAAUGGGCUGACACUGGGUCUUCAGAGCAGUAACCGGGAUCAAAUUAAGAACUGUGGAUUUUUUUAUGGCCACAAUGCAUUUUCAGUAGCUCUUAUUUUUGUGACUGCAUUCCAGGGCCUUUCAGUGGCUUUCAUUCUGAAGUUCCUGGAUAACAUGUUCCAUGUCUUGAUGGCCCAGGUCACCACUGUCAUCAUCACAGCAGUGUCUGUCCUGGUCUUUGACUUUAGGCCCUCCCUGGAGUUUUUCUUGGAAGCCCCAUCAGUCCUUCUCUCCAUUUUUAUUUAUAAUGCCAGCAAACCUCAAAGUCUGGAAUAUACACCUAAGCAAGAAAGGGUUCGAGAUCUAAGUGGCAAUCUUUGGGAGCGAUCCAGUGGAGAUGGAGAGGAACUGGAAAGACUUACCAAAGCCAAGAGUGAUGAGUCAGAUGAAGACACUUUCUAAGUUGUACCCAAACAGUUGGCAGCUCUCACAAACUGUAUUUUCACAUUUGUAAUAUUUGUCUUUUCACUUUGAUAAACUAAGGAUGUCCUAAAGCAUAAUACUCUUUACAUAUAUCUAACCCCUCCCUAAACGGUUCAUCCAAAGCUGAGAGUACCCAAAGAAUGACUAGUGUCUAAGGAAUUGGCAUAGGAAUAAUAACAUAGAGACUGUAUUAAUAGCCAGUACUUGAUAAGUCAGCAAGAUAUAUUUGCAGAUUAUUUUCCUUGUCUUCCAGGAUUCCAAAAAUCUUGAAGUAACCAUAUUAGACAGACCCUUCAGAUAUCAACAUACAGAUCAUUUUCCCAGAUACUCACAAUAAGUGGUUCUAGUCUGCAUGUUAUAUAAUCUUCCCUUUUUUAUGUCAUUAUAAAUAUUGUCUAUGUUGUGCCUCAAAAAUUUGAGGCCCUAGAGAUAAUAGUCAUAUUGCAAUUAAAAACAAUGAGCUGGGGUGUGGCUCAUGUGCUAGAGCACCUGCCUAGCAAGUGCAGGGCCCACAGUUUGAACCCCAGUACCAAAAAAAAGUGAAAAGCAAUGAGAUUAAAAAUUUUGCCUGAUUGACCUAAAUAUCUGGCAGCACGAUAGGUUUGGGAUAAUGUAGUCUGUGAAUCUGUGGCAAAUGUUUUAUUGAUUCAAAAUUUUAAUAUUUUAGGAAUUUUCAAAUAAACUUGA